AUGAGUCUGAGAUCCGUCAUCGCUCAGGUUACUCGCGGAGGUAGAUCGUUUCAUCUUCGCCGCCAUUUCUCUUCGUCCGAUGCUUCCAAGGACGCAGAAUACAGAGCUAUCAAGCAAAACAUCUUACGUUACUUUGCAGCAGUGCCUGUGGGAUUUCUCGCAGGUAUGGAGAGGCAGAACGGAGAGAGUUUUGUUAUUCCCCUUACUUAA